AUGACCGGCGUUCCACGCCCUGACUCGGCGCCCCACGCUCACGAGGAGGUCAUUUCCGCUGCCUCCCAGAUAUCACAACUUCACUUUAACACCCGUGACCGCGACGCAGGCGACACCUUCUCUCCAAGAUCAAGCCCAGUUUCUCUACCCUUGCCGCCGGUGCAUGUCGAGGAGGGGGCAGCUAUCCUCAACGGCGCUCAUCUAGAAGUGGACUUUGACGACAAUGUUAACCAUCUGGGAGUGGGAACGUACGGGUCAGUGCACGUUGGCAGAUAUUACGGAGAACUAGCAGCAGUCAAGCGAGUCUCGUUGGACUCCCUCUCCCCGCACAUGGCCAAUGACCCCUUUGUGAAAGCAAAGAGGUCGGAUGCGCUCCAAGACUUUGCCAGGCAAAUCCAAAAUCAAGAGAAGCUCGUGCAUCCGGGUAUUGUGAAAACUCUGGGAGUAAUAGUUUCUGCACAUGAUUCCGUUUUAAUUGUGACCGAGCUCAUGCAGGGGGGGUCCAUGGGGGCAGCUUUACGUCAGUUGCGCAAGUUACACACUCCUCUUGAUCUAGGAAGCUUCAUACGCAUAUCUUUACAAGUUGCCGGCGGACUACGGGCUGUCCACGCUGCUGGUUACACAUGGGGUGAAGUGAAGCCUGAGAACAUAUUGCUGUCCGCAAAGCUCAAUGCCGCCGGACGUUUUCCGCCUUCGGCCCAAGCUCGCAUUUCAGACAUUGGACUUGCAUCCAGUGGAAUCCAGACUAUUCUCACUGAGACAACCAUCACAUCUACUGGACAGUCGAUGGGAACUGUUAAUUAUAUGGCACCUGAAAGUGCUCUCAGCACCGGCAAGGAAACUUUUGCUACAGACGUAUUUUCGUUCGGUAUGGUGAUGUAUGAAAUGUUAACUCUGAGAAAACCGUGGAAGAAAAUUCCGCUAAUUGAGGUUGGUUUGAGGCUGGCCCGAGGUGCUCGUCCUGAAUGGCCGAAAGAUGGAGAGAAAGAUUUUUACGGACACAUUCCCGAGGCGCUCAAGGAACUUGUGGAGAAAUGUUGGUCGCAUUCGAUGGAUGACAGACCGACGGUCGACGUUCUUUGCAAUUUACUGCAAGACCUCGUUGGCGUCGCGUUCCAACGUAGUGAGGGAUUACAGCGAGUGGGCGAAGGGGAAGGCAAUACCUCGCAAACAGUUUCCCAAAAGGAAGCAAGUGCAAAAUCGAUUCAUGAGAGAGCCGAUGAGACAAACGGAAAUAUGUACAUGAGCGAUGAACCGAUGAUGCCGUUGAACCUCGACUGGCCGGAUCGCGUGGACACAGUUUUCGAGAAAGAUUCCGAAGUAAUCAUGAAGCGUAAGAGAACGACUGACUCAUCAGAAGAGACGCUGCCAGGGCAACAGAAAAAUGCUUCAGAUUCAGAGGCGAGGGACAGUCAGGGUUCGGACUUUGAACAAAAUGCUAUGCACUCCAUAGUGAGGGCACACACUGUCGGGGAUAUCUCUUCUAUAUUGCAGACAAUGAGAGAACAUAAUUGUUCGCCGCUAGUAACCAGGGUAGGCAUGGCACACAUCUUAGGACAUUGCAAGGAUGAGCUUACGUACUUUGAUAUUUGUGAAGAAGGGGGUAUUGAGGUACUUCUGUCAGGAGCCGUGCGUUUCGGUGAAUUCGAUACGGAACUGUGUGUAAUUUUCUGUGAUUCCAUGACCAUCUUAUCGGAACACUACAAUGACAAAGUGGGACACCGCAUUAGAGCAACAGGUGUACCGUCUGAAGUUGUCGAAUUGAUGAACAGGCACAAGAUUGAUGUUCCUGUUCAAACAUCUGGAUGCAAGUGUUUGGCAGCUAUCGCAGGGGCGAGCGAGCUUUCCCGAUCGGCUGUUGCUACGCUAGGGGGACCGGCAGCGGUUUACAGGGCCAUGACUAAGAACAAUGUAUCAUUUAAGAAUAUCGAGCUCGCUCGAGCCUCGCUCAACGCUGUUAGGCAGAUUGCCCAAGGCAAUGAGCGCGCUUCGGAGUUCUUGGUGCAAGUCUCAGCCCUUGAUGCUGUUUCCAGGUCAGCGGCAGUGUUUACUGACCACAGUUUAGAGGGUGAUAUACUGUCUGCCCUCCGCGCGUUCUCGUUUUACACCGGUGGGCGUCGAAACAUAGUCAUGAGCUCUGGUUUGAAGGCCCUGGCAGAAAUUAUGUUGAGGAACGACGAUCCUGAAUUUCUCGUUCUCUGCUGCCAGUUUAUUCGUGCGAUAGCUCAAUGGCGCAAUGUCGAAUGCGAAGAAGCAAUGCUCCAAUCAUGCAUAGCCGAGAGGGUUACGACUCUAAUGCAAAACUCUAACUACUGGCCUGGUGAACCUGGUGCCAAGGUCAGUUGGUACGCUUGUCAGGCAUGCCUUUUUCUAGCUUCCUUUGGUUCACUUUCCCGAAAGCGGCUUCGGCAAGUCGGGGCGAUUGAGACCACCAUCAGCAUCCUCAACCAAAGACGUGACAAUGCUCGCGUCGCCAGAUGCGCAACUGAUGCGUUGGCAGAGUUGCUCAAAGGUGAACCAGAAGGCAAAACUUAUGCUGAGCGCUCUCACGCAGUGGAGGCUCUGAAAGCCACUCUGGACCUCCAUGGGAAUGAUGUCAAGGUUCGCAGUGCAGUACAGUGGACACUGGACUGCUUGUCGUCAACGCAGGGGCCCAUCUCUGCUCCGGCCCAAGAUUCGCAGAUGCACGAAGAACUUACAGAUUUUGCAUCUGGAUCGUCCAAGCCGAAAGGAAGAUUCCUUGGCUUCAACUUCAAGCGAAGACUUCGGGCGGCAGCGAAGAACGUAGAGUAACAUUAAACGCUCAAACCGGUAUCCUUACACUCGCAAUAUAAAGAUGAAGUGGUGUCGACACAAGGUAGCUAUUGGUUCAUGAACCCUUUCGUGGACGUAAACAACGGUAACUGCGUCUUCGCUAGCUUCAUUGACUAGGACAAUUUGGUCCGACUUCUGACCUCGCGCUCAGUGUUGUAUCCUUUCAACGGUCGUUUGCGCAAGACCGUCCGGGCCCCGGUAGCUCACCUCUAAUUAAAUCGCCUGCCGGACGUCACGCCACGCGGUUGGGUUCAUGGCCUUACAUCGUCCUAA